ACACCACACAUACAUAUAUCAAAAUUCAAUGUGGUGUAUGUGCAAGAUCAACUACCUAUCCCACAGCCACCCUAAGACUGAAAAAUUCAGCACAGCCUGUUACCAGCUCCCCCAAAGGGCCGCAGCCUCUGAGCAUCUGCUUUGGCUUUUCAGCUCCUGCCUUAGCUUUGUUGGGCUUUCAGCAGCUUCAGCAUGGGCUACAGACUCAAAGGCCAAAGCAGGUGAGAAGGGAUGGCUGAAGGGCUCAGGGCAGGACCAACCUCAUGGCUAGAGAAGGUCGCUCUGCUUGCGUUUACUCACCAGAGGUCAUAAAAUUACCGUGCUUAGAACCCACUGCAGCUCCUGGGCAGCUGUUGGCUUCCAGCCCACAUCACCCUGACGCACUGAAACCUCAGCCCGUGAGUCAGAUGGCGGCUUGCAAAAGCUGUGCCAGCACGCUGCCCAUCUCCCCCUGUCCCUGGGGGUUCAGUGGUGCCCCGUGAGCUCAACCUGCCGUGACCCCACCAUCCAGCCAUGCUGUGCUUCCUCUGGGAGAGCAUCGCCUUCCAGAUGCUCCUCGUCUUCUUCUUUGUCUUCCUCCUCGUCGCCGACUACAUGAAGCGCAGAAAGCCGAAGCACUUCCCUCCCAGCCCCUUCUCCCUCCCCUUUCUGGGGCACCUCCACCUGAUGAACCCCAGCAAUCCCCAAGCCAUGGUGCAGAAGCUUACUGAAAAAUAUGGGGACAUCUUCAGCUUGCAGAUGGGAGAGGUAACGUUUGUGUGCAUAAGUGGGCUGCGUAUGAUUAAGGAAGUUCUUAUAAACCAAGCGGAAAACUUCAUGGAUCGCCCUGAAAUUCCCAUCGACAAGGAGAUCUUCAGCCACUUGGGCCUGAUCUCCUCCAAUGGGCACUUGUGGAAGCAGCAGAGGAGGUUCACCUUGACCACCCUCCGAAACUUUGGCUUGGGGAAGAGGAGCCUGGAGGAACGUAUCCAGGAGGAGUGCCGAUGCCUUGUGGAUGCAUUUGGGGAAGAACAGGGGAAUCCUUUCAACCCUCAGUAUAAAAUCACUAACGCUGUUGCAAACGUCAUCUGCUCUGUCACCUUUGGCAAUCGAUUUGACUACCACGAUGAGGAGUUCCAAAAACUGCUGCAGCUGUUGAACGAGACAUUUCUUCUCCAUGGGACCAUCAUGAGCCAGCUGUACAACUCUUUCCCGUCUAUAGUAAAGUUCUUGCCUGGAUCCCACCAAACCAUUUUUAAAAACUGGAAGUUGAUGAAGAGUUUUGCGCAAAAGAAAAUUGACAAACACAAGGAGGAUCGGAACCCGUCGGAGAGCCGGGACUUCAUUGACAGCUACCUGCAGGAGAUGGCCAAGGACGAUGCCAGCGGCAGGUUACAAGAGGAAAACCUCGUGGCCUGCACGCUUGACCUGCUGUUAGCUGGGACGGAGACCACUUCCACAACCAUCCGCUGGGCUCUGCUCUUUAUGGCCAAAUACCCAGAAAUUCAAGCCCGUGUGCAAGCAGAGAUCGAUGCGGUCAUCGGACAGGCACGGCAGCCAGCCCUGCAAGACAGAAACAACAUGCCCUACACCAACGCCGUCAUCCACGAAGUGCAGAGGAAAGGCAACAUCAUUCCGUUCAAUGUGCCAAGGCUGACAACGAAGGACACCUUCGUGGAUGGCUUCCUCAUACCAAAGGGCACUAUUAUGGUGACAAAUUUAACCUCUGUGAUGUUUGACAAGAACGUGUGGGAAACCCCUGACACUUUUAACCCUGGGCAUUUCCUGAAGGAUGGUCAGUUCUGGAAAAGCGAGUAUUUUAUGCCAUUUUCUAUAGGGAAGCGUUCCUGCCUGGGUGAGGUGCUGGCCCGCGCCGAGCUCUUCCUCUUCUUCACGUCCCUGCUCCAGAAAUUCACCUUCCAGGCACCCCCAGACACCACGCUUAGCCUCAAGGUCCAGCUGGGCAUCACAGUGGCCCCGCAGCCCUACAAGAUCUGUGCCGUGCCUCGGUAGGGAAGCCUUGGCUGCUGUCCUCACUGGGAAAAGCCUUUGGCAGAGAUGAGCCUUCAGCAGCUCCCCUGGGUGGUGGCAACAGCUGCCUGCUUCCUGUUUGUUUCUCUUCAAGCAAUUGCAGAAUCAUUUCUUUUACAAGCGGACCUCGCACUCUGUAUCGCAUGAGAAAGGUGAUCAGCCUGGGAUCUGCCAGGGCGCUUCUAGGCUUGCACUAUGGCACUGUAAAGGAAUGGGGGGGCCUGGGGCUUCCCUCAUUUUAUGAUGGAUGGCCACGCUUCACAGGGGCAAGAGAACGGACAACAUUUCAGAUGUUGCAGUGUUCAGGCUGUGGCUGUGUAUGAUGGAAGAGCAGAACCACCCUUGUUUUAUAACAUUAAUACGGGUAUUAAUUGCUAAGAUAUUUUGGUUUUGUUACCACUGACAAGUAAUCCAUUUGAACGAAAAGUCACUCUGUAACAUCUCUCUCUCAUGCAUCAAUAAAUCCUUACUACAACA